AUGGACCACUUCAACGCAACCGUCAAGGACGGGAAGUUGGUCAAAACUCGCCGCGGCAUGCAGGUCUCCAGGCAAAGAUUCAACGGCAUGUCCUUUGUCAACGCUUCCCCACACGAUGUUAACGCUGUCGGGUCUGGACAGCCGACCCCCUGGGGUGUUCCGGGAGCGUCGGGUCCGUCACAGCAGCAGGAGAUUAGGUUCAUCGAGGAAGAGCACGGUGGCGAUCACCAUUUUCAACCAGAAGCCACUCAAAGAAGGAAUAUCGACUCCUCUGGGCAGCUGCCCUCGACUGCGGCCCACGGUGCACGACGGCGCCGAAAAGCCACCGUUAACAAAGGGAAAUCGCCGACUGAUACGACGCCCAAACUAAACACGCCACCGCACCAACCUUCGCCCCCGCCCUUUGGGGAACUGAGCUCCCAACUAGGACGUCCGCCCUUCGGCCGAGGCGAGCCCCAGCCGAACACAAACGCAGCGUCAGCCAGCCCGGUCGAGGGAGUCCCUAGGAGGCUCCAAGCCGAGCCGGCUCUAAUAGACGACAGCCGAUUCCAUGGCUACUCCUCCUCGGGUUCACGCACCAUGUACCCUUAUGAAGACCUGAUCACCUACAACCCCUCACGGGGCGCCGAUAUGUACUCGAUGAUAGCCGGCGACCGGGCCGCGCAGCACUGUGUGUUCAUGUGCGGGGCCAUGGUUGAGUCGGUUGAGAUGGAACGACCCGAGCCUGAGGACCUUACGUAUCACAUAUCGAGUGUCUGCGCCAUUCUGAAUCAGAAGCUGGGCCGGCAACAAAAUGCUGUAGAUGCGGUCACGCUACUAUGCAUAUCAAAGUUGGCGUGCUUAGGGUGUUUUGUCGGCCGUCUCGAUCACUGGCACCUUCAUAUGUCCGGACUGCGAAAAGUGUUAGACCUCCAUGGGGGGUUGGCCGGCUUACCACCAUGGCUGCUAGCCUCGAUGUAUAAAGCUGACCUCCGAGGAGCCACCGCUCUUGCCUCAACCCCCUAUCUUCCAUUCAUUCGACAACAGCAGUAUACCUCCCUUCUCCCCACAGAAUUUCAAGAACACCAAUCACCAUCACCCGCUCACUCGCUCUCUACCCUCCUAAACCCGUUCCAUAUCCACCCAGACGUAAUCGACGCUCUCUCCGCGCUAGCAGACUUAACCUCCGCCAUCUAUCUUGCUCGACGGCCCCGGCAACGAUACCAGCAAUUUCAACAACAACAACAGCCUAGCCAACCGAGCCAAACAAGCAACCCUCCAGCUCCUCUUCUAUUUGACCCACACGUGUUCACAGAAGAAUGGCAGCGCAUCACCCAUGUCCUGUUGACUCGCCCACGACCCCUUCGUGCCGCACCAACCAUUGCAGAUUGGCGUUCCGGGAUGGGGAUGAAUCCAUACUCGACAGAAACUAGGGUCUGGAACCAGGGGCGAGGCUCCCAAACUCAGGGGGGUUUUGGGUUGCAAAUGGAGAUGGAAAUAGAGACGGGGGUGACGGAAAGCGGGGUAACAAAAAAGGAGGAUGGUCCAAUUGGGGGAGAAGGGGAUAGGGAAAGGGUGACAGGGGCAGAGGCGGAGAUGGGAGGGUACGGGGGAAAUCAUCGGUUAGUUCCGUCGGUUCCGAUUAUCCCUUUCCGGGAAGAAGAAGAGGGGGAUAUUGGCGAAGAUGAGAUGGAGGAACACACAAGGAGGAGGAAGAGCCCCGGCCACGAACGAGUCAGUCCACUUGAGCCCGCUCUUCGUAUCGCUGCGCUACUGCACCUAAAGGAGUUGUUGCCAGACUGGCCACGCAAUUCGGGAGGGUAUGCGGUGAUGUUGGCACUGUUACGAUAUCAUUUGGAAGAGGUGCUGCAAUGGUACGGAACUAGUGGAAGGGCUGCGAGAAGUGAUCGUGGCACUGGAGACGGUAAUGGUAAAGGGGAAGGUCGGAGGUCAACGGGCAGUGGUCAUCCAGGCCCAGAAGUGAAGGAAGAAGAGCAGGACAUAACAGAGGUUUUGGGAUUGAGGAUGUUUACCAGUCACAGAGAUGACUUGGAUGGUCACCGUGGCGAUGAUAACGAUGCAAACCUCGACUUUGAUGGAGACGAAGACCGAUCCGACAACAGCAAUGAAAGCACAAUCCCACCCCCGGACCAACACAACCUCGCCUUUAUCCGACCUAUCCUCCUUUUUCUCGCCCUCGUCGGCAGCACCGUCUCUUCACAUGCCGAUAUCAAUGAAGGCCGCAUUGCCACAGGAGACCGUUACCCCCAAGAGAUAUACCGCGACUGUUUAACGGGUGUGCUAGGGCUGAAGGGUCCAGACGAGGUUGACAUCCUGGUCGGAAGGGAUGGUCAUGGGGAUGGGGAUGAAGGUGCAGAAGACAACUGGGCGCUAGUCAAGAUGUUUCGGUUGGAAAUGGUUUUUAAUGCAGGGGAAGUGCAUGGCGAGAGGGAACACUGGGAAAGGGGGGCGAUGUUGCGGAGGAUUGUUGCUGGGACCGUGGGGAUAUGA